UUAUUUCAGCAGUAUAGGAUUUCACCGUGCAAUAUAAACCAACCCACGCAGUUGUCAGGUCAAUGUGGUAUCUAGUUUUGGUCAUUGGGGAUCAAUAGUCGAACAGCAGUCCUCGAAUUUAUUUAAGUUUAUAUCGACCUUCGCGAUCCCCGAAAGAUUUGAUUGUUCCAAGAUCUAAAUAUGAAUUGCACUAGAAAUUGAUUAAGGUAUGCGACUGUUUUGAUGUACUGAAAAUUAAUUUCACUGUCAUACCUGUUGACCAGGAGCUGUACCUGUGUGUGUGUGUGUGUGUGUGUGUGUGUGUACAUGUGUUCAUAAGAAAGGAAUAAUUUGGACAUCGUGUUACAAGCGUUACGACAGAACACAAACUUGAGUUAUCUCCCCCUCCAAGCUAACUACCCGACCUAUUGUUAAUGAUCGCUCAUGGAUCACUACACGCACUGAUCACAUCGGAGAUUUUAAAGCAGUUUUUUGUUAUGAUCAGUAAUUACAGCUAGUACGCACGGUACGACUGCUGUUUGUGGGGGAAAUUGGAUUUUAGCGUUUGGGAUUACUGGACGACUACUUAUAUUCUUUAGUGAGUGAGAUACUGUUGGUCUUCAGAUAAAAAUAAUGGAAGUCAAUUUCUCCAGGAAGAAACACCUUUUUAAAGAGUAAAGGCCAUUCAACGCAGUAUGACAGACGUUAAAACGGGAAAAGCGAAAGAUGGACAGGUCAGUCGACUAGUCGAUGCAUUCAAUACGGGGUCUCAUGAAGCAAUGGCGCUGACAUCGCAGCCAGAGAGAGAGAAAAGUGACAAGAAAGACAAAAAGAAGCGAAAAAAUAGCGACAAGAGAUUGUCGGAAAAGCUGCUGCCUAACAAUCACAGACACCAGCCCCUGAGAGGUGGCUCCGACCAGAACCACAUCGAUGAUGGAUAUCUUAAGCACCGCCGGGAUCACAGAAUCCGAAGUGUCACCUCAGAGCAGGAGCGGGAUGGGUGCUUUCUGUGCCUGCGGAAUGCAUUACAUUGUUACAAUGUUGUAGUUCUUGUCAUGGGAUGUGGCCUUUUGGGUAUAGGAAUCUGGCUGUUAGUGACAGAUUUUAGUGCUCGAGAAAUUACAGUGAUCAUAAAUUCGGACAUGUUUGAGAUAGGGACGUAUAUGAUCCUGGCUGGUGGUGGCUUGGUGGCACUUCUUGCCUUCUGUGGCUGUUGUGGCACCAUGAGAGAAGACAAAUGCAUCCUGGGAUUUUAUGGAGUGGUCCUUGCCUUGGUUUUCAUGGCAUUACUUGCCAGUGGUGCUAUGGCAUUUUUAUUCAGAGAAAAUAUAUCUGAGGAUAUAAAGAAGAAAUUAGAAUAUACCCUGGAGAACCAGUAUGGGAGAGAAAUUCGCGCAAACACGACCAACAGGCUCAUCACAGAUGCCUGGGACUCUAUGCAAAGAAAGCUUCAGUGCUGUGGGGCACAUGGAAAGUAUGAUUCUCAUAAAUCAUGGGCAUUCUAUAAAUUAUCAAGCGAAUGGUACAUCCACCAGGAAGGGAAAUACCCAAUGGUCCCAGAAAGCUGCUGUAUAGAGGGGGGUGACAAACAGAAAUGUCAAGGUCAAACCAUCAUCAACAAAGGGCCACCCAACUAUGGACCAGUGACUCUGCCUAAGAAGUUUGAAUCUCAUCUACACACGGAGGGCUGUUAUGAGAAGGUUAAAAAAUACCUGACGGAGUAUUCACUGAUCCUGGGUGGAGUAGCAUUUGGCGUUCCUCUGUUUCUGAUUGUGGGCUCUAUCAUUGCAUUCUGCCUUUGUGCCCGGGUGAAGAAAUCAGACAACAGUUUUGAUGAAGAGGAAGACUUGUAACAAAACAAUAUUCCAAAACUGACAAUGAAAAUGGAGGAUCUCAUAAAUUAUAGACAGCAAACUGACAGUGUUCUUCUGUCAGGAGAAUGACACUGCCAAGGGGGCAGCAUGUUACCUUGGUAACAGGACCAGUCAACAUUCCCACCCAGAUCAGGUCACACAUUCCGCGGAACAUUCCAGUCCGUGUAUUGUAACACUUCAUCACCAGUCAUUGAAAUUGUUGUGUUUGUAUGUCAGUUAAUCAAGGAAGAAUGGAGUACUUUGUUCGGAUGAUUGGAGGGGUGUUUGGAUGAUUAGGAGGGGUGAUUGGGAGGGAUAGGAGAUAUGUGCUCAUUCAUCUUGUUAAACAGGAAUAUGUUACCAAAUGAACCUCUAUUUUUGUGUACAUGUUGAAACAGAGGUCAGUGAUGAUCAAACAACUGUUUUCGUGGAAGAGAUGCUGUUUUAAUCUUGUGAUGUGUUUGUGUAAGAGAUGCUGUGUUUUAAUCUUGUGAUGUUUUAUGUUGAUUUGGGUUUAAAAAUCCUGAUCUGCUUUCACUCACCGCAAUGACGUUUAUCAUGGAUCAUCUGAUUUAUUGGUCAAAUCAAAACUACAAGUGAUACCAAAGAAAUGUGGCUGUGCCGGUAUCCACAGGAGCUUUCUCAUUAACUCGUCAUCAUGUAAAAAUGUCAUUUCAAUUUUCUCAUUGCCUUAUCAUGGAGACAUGUCCACUCUGACAGAUUUCUGCAGUCAGAGUUUCUCCAGCUGAAGAAAACCUUCAUUGUGAGUGUGGACUGAUUUAUCUUGGUUUAACCAUGUAUCCUGACACGUAUUCAUGACAGCAUGAAUCCUCUUUGAUCAUGUGACAGCAAUCUGGACCAAUUAAUGUCUUGACUUUUACAUGAAACACUGCAUUUUGAAUCAUGAGGAUAAUUUUUUGUUAAUAUUAAUUUUGUGUUGUUAACUGAUAUAGAGAAUCUUGUUUACCAUAUGUAGUUAUUUUAUUCCAUAAACAGAGUUUAAUUAGCUGUACAGGUGCAAUUUUAAUGAUUUUUCAGGUUUUUGCUUUGUUUAUGUAUAAGAUCAAUUUAAUGGGAUUUCUGAUUGUUUAAUAAACUCAUACAAUAAA